AUGAGUGUACAGGCACUGGUCCACGUAUCGUCAUCACCAGGCCCGGGCCCCGGACUCCAGACGGCCCUGCACCGAGCUGCCAUGGUGGGGAACAGUGAUACUGUGGCUGCUCUGAUUCAGGGGGGCUGUGCCAUGGACCUGCAGGACAGAGAUGGAAACACUGCGCUGCAUGAGGUGUCUUGGCAUGGUUUCUCUAACUGUGUCAAACUGCUGGUCAAGGCAGGAGCUGAUCUCCACAUCAGGAACAAGGCAGGAAACACAGCCCUCCACCUGGCCUGUCAGAAUGCACACGCUCAGACUGCUCGUCUGCUGCUGCUCGGAGGAUCCGCGCCAGACACCAAAAACAACGCUGGCGACACAUGUCUACAUGUGGCUGCUCGCUACAACAACCUGACGCUGGUGAAGAUCCUGCUGAAUUCCCUGUGCCAUGUGACAGAGAGAAACCAGGCAGGGGACACAGCUCUCCAUGUGGCUGCUACUCUGAACCAUAAGAGGACAGUUCAGCUCCUACUGGAGGCUGGGACAGACGGCACAGUCAGAAACAAUGCAGGUAAAACAGCCCUCGACAAGGCCAGGGAUAACCACCACAAAGAUGUGGCACUUCUGCUGGCCAGAGCUCCUCAGGUGCAUCGCUUCAUGCGAGGAAGAACAAUAAGGAAGAGAAGAGAGAGACUGACAGCUGAGCACACUGUCACCAGAGUAGAUGUUCCACCAAACAAAGACAGCAGUUCUGUGGUGGAAGAAACCUCUAGCAGUGAAAAAAUGGAGAGCAGAUCUGACAUCAAGGCCACUCAUCACAGGCAGCAAAAGCAGGAACAACAUUACCACAAGACCCCAGCCACGGCUGGCAGUCCCUAUAGCCAUCACAGAAGGCGGAGAGUCAAGGAACAGGCUCUGACUGGUAAUGACCCGAGGAGAAAAGGCAUGACCCACUUCGACUUUGAGAAGGAGCUGCUUUGUGAUAAUGGUGAAGACAGCUCUGCUCAGAAUGGAAAAACCUACCAGCUUUACACACUGUACCGUGACAAGAACGGAAACAUAAGACAGGCGGCAGCCAGUGGAUGUCAUUGUAAGCCUCUGCUCAACAGGCUGGAGGGCCAGCUGGGAGGCACGCAGGAGGAGAUGAGACUGCACAUCCUGAACAUCCAGGAGGAGGUCAACUGUAGGCUGGAAAGGAUGGACCGCAGGAACAAACACCAGAUUAAAGUGCUGGACAUGCUGAAUCAGGAGAGAGCAGCAGCAGAGAGGAAGAACAUGAUUUACAAGAUCGAGCGGAGAGUUGCCCAAAGUAGAGAGGAAGCCCUGAUGACACAGGCAGCAGUGAGGCAUGAACUGAAGAGGUGGUGUGUGUCCCAGCUGAAGGACAUGGAGGUUCACAUCCCAGCCAAAGCCCAGUAUCACAAGCUCCUCCCCUCGCCGUCUGUGGAGCAGUCCGUGGCAGACGCUGACCUGGAAUCACUCCCCUUGCUGUCUGUGGUAUCUGGAGAUAGCAGCACUUCACUGGCUACCUACGUCAACGUCCUGUCGUCUAACCCCACCCGGAGUCUGGGCAGCCCAGAGCGGGAGCAGAACGGGUACAGGACAUACUUUGAAAUGAAAGUAGAAAGGUCACCAGAUGACUAUGAGAACACAGCCCUGUUUCCUCCGCCUGCUAACUUCGACUCAGGGCUCCUCCUGGGCUCUGUUGACCCCCCCUGGCAGCCCCUGGGAGAGCAAGAUAGACAUACAUCAUCCGUGGUGCCACUGUGUGGACAGGCUUUUUCAAGCAGCAGCAGCAGCCACUCCAGUGUCAGCGAACAAGCAGCCACACUGAUCCAACGUCGGAAGCACAGCUACAGGAGACCCAGUGGAGAGCUGGUCAGUGCCCACGGGCGUGCAGAGACGAACACCGUGGGCACCAGGACUCUGGAGUUUUUCAGCGACCGUCCUGCUGAGCCCACAUUCAGCCAGGAGAGGAACAAUCUGCACGCUAAGGAGGUGACUCAGCGUUUCUUUGAGACGGUUUCGACCCAGUUGGAGCGGUGGUACAAGAGGAAGAUGGUGGAGGUGGAGCAGCAGACGGAGCUCAGAGCCCAUCAGGACAGGAAGGAGCUGCUGCAGCGGAUCAGCAUGCUGGAGGAGGAGCUUCAGAGGCUGAAGACCAAUGAGAAUGCAGAGAGCUGAUACAUCCUGACUGCCAGAGAGUGGAUGAACGUUUUCACCAUGAUUUGAUUGAUUUGACAUUUAAAGACUCUGAUCAGCUUCAGUUACAGGGAGCAGAAAAGGACAGACUGGGAAACAGUCAAAGUAUUCAUUUAUAAAAGGCGAUUGAUAAGUAAACAUAGAGAUGUGAAGUUAAAACUGUACAUAGAUGCAACAAUUCAUAAAACAUAUACAGUUACUACAUAAACAGAAGUAUUGCUGAUAUAAAGCUUGUCAUAAAAGGUUUAAUUUUGUUCAGUAUUUUUAAACUACGGUUCUAUAUUCACAUGUUUGGCUGUGUAAAUGAUUGACACUGACCACAGGCUCUGGAGUUGUAAUCCUAAAACUGUGACUGUCAGAGUAACUUUCCACUCAAAGCGUUUGGUUCAGUCCCUGACAGGCUGAGGCUGUUACCUAAUCCUGUGUUGUCCCCUGGAGACAAACCUUUUUGUUAAAAAAUAAGAUCAUUUUGGUCUCUUUGUAGAAGUGUCUGUAACCUGGACAGGUGAGGUGUUGCAGUUGUUGCAAGACUGUCAAAAUCCCUUCAAUAUUCGGCCAUGACUAUGGAAAUAACUUAUUACAGGUAGUUCCUCUAAGUGAACUCAAAACUCUUUUCUCCAACCUUCGUCUUCCUCGUUACAGUUGAUUGGUUCUCUGCUGUUAAGUACAGACAACAUGCCCUUGUGUUACCAGUACAUCAUUAUUACUGCAUCAGCAUAACUAUUAUGGAAGCAGUAUUUUAAUAUUAUAGUUGAUUGUAAUGGACCUAAUUAUGAUUUUAAUAAAG